AUGGCCACACCCGCCAUACGAACCCUCCCCCUUCCCAACCCCAACCACCACGGCCACCAGCAAAUCCGCCCCUUCUCCCUCUACCCCCUCAUCGAAACAACCCUCUCCCUCUCCCACACAGCCCUCACCACCCUGCACACAGCAACCGGCACCCCCUGGUUCCUCACCAUCCCCUUAUUCUCCCUCGCCGUGUCCCUCUUCACUCGUCUACCAGCCAUCAUCUACUCCCGCCACACCCACCAACGUCUCCAGCGCAUUCAGCCGCUCGCUAAUGCCUGGCGGGCGCGUGUCACGCAUGAUUUACAGGGGGAUGGGGGACGGGGAAGGGGGCAGCAGUUGACGCCGAAGAGUUUUUACAACCAUGCGCGAGCGGCCCAGUCGAAGCUGUACCGGCGGUGGGGGGUGCAUACGUGGAGGGAGACUGGGAUGAGGGUUGCGGCGGUGCCGUUUUGGUUGGUGGGGAUUGAGUCGAUUAGACGGAUUUGUGGUGGGCCGAGGGGAGUGGUGGGGACGUUUCUUUUUGGGAGGGGAGAGGGGGUGAUGACGACAACGGCCGGGGGCUGGGUAGAUGGCUCGGUAACGGCCGCGAGUACAUCAGCAGCCGACAUCCAGCAAGCUGUAGUGGCGGCCUCAUCGUCGUCAUCGUCAGGCUACGCGGCAGACCCGACGCUAAUGACGGGCGGGUGUCUCUGGUUCCCCGACCUGACGGCCGCCGACCCGCUACACAUCCUCCCUCUGGCGCUCUCCGUCGUCUUCGUCCUCAACAUCAUGCCCAACACCAUGAGCGGGAUCCGACUCCUGUUUGGCGCGCGAGACCCCCAGAACCCGGGAACCUCGGACGCGGCCGUGCUUGACCCGGCAAUGAAGUGGCGGCUGCGGUUGCAGAGGAGUUUGCUGAUGGUGGGUAUCGCCGUUGGCCCGCUCACGAUGGAUCUGCCGUGUGCGCUGCAUUUGUAUUGGAUUACCUCGUCCUUGUCUGGUAACUUGCAGGCGCAGGUCAUCUCCAAGCUGAUGCCGUUGCCUAAGACGGUUCCGCCGGCGAAGAUGCAGGAGCCGAUAUUUAUUUCACCGACGAGGGAGAGUGUGGCGUUUGAGGAGGAGCGGGCAAGGCAGUGGGCGCAGGAAAAGCGGAAUCGUCAAUAG